UUUUGAUCUUUUCUUAUGUAGUGGGAGGAGGUGAUGAAAUAUUGGGAUGUUCUUUGUUGUAAUCUUAUUAUUCGGUGUAUUUACUUUUUAUGGUGGAAAGUAUCGUAUCUUGUAGGUAGGAAGGUAGGAAGGAAAGUUACCGGAUGAGAUUUUUUAUUCUUAAAGAGGUAGAAUUUCAGAGGUUUAGAUGUGCUUCAUGUAAUUCACACAUCUUCUAGAUCUUUGAAAGAAUAAAGGAGGGGAUGGAUUGAUAGAUAUACUUUUAGAUAUCUUUGUAAAUAUGAUAAUGCUGUGUUUUUGACAUCAUUUCGAGGUUUCUAUAUAAGGCGUAGUUGUAAUGCGUGUCUAAUUAAGUUAAUGCAGUGCUGAUGAGGUCGUGCUACUGUUCAAAUAUUAGCAGUUGACAACUUACACUUCUCUUUGGCUUGUUAUCCCUUCCUUUCUUGAAUUUGAGCUCUGGAGAAUACGGUAGGUAUGAGGAAGUCCUCACAGUUUAUUUUUUAUAUACCAGAUCUUCCCGUCGACUUUUCCUAAUGUCCAUGGUCUUUUGCUCCUUCCUCCUUCCUUCAAUAUGGGUUCGCCAUUGGCUGUGCUUUCCUUUCCCUUGUUGAUGUUAUUCGCCCCAAGAGAGCGUUCUCAUAGUCGUACUUGCUUUUUUGUUCUAUAAUAUUUGGUCAAGUUACACAGUCAAUAGUGACUUCCCAAUCGUAAUGGACCAACAGUUGAACUUAUAUGAAGGAGGUUCAAUUCCCUCAACCUCAAUCCCUUCACAGGAUUCAGUAACAUACAUACAUUGAAUAAUUACAUCUAAUGCUUAUACAAUUAUUCCAGUAUCAUCGAAUAUAAAUUUGUGUCUCGUUCAGCACUUCCAAGUCCUCCUCUAUUUCAAUCCAUCUUUUACCCAUCCAUAUUUAUCCCAAGACUCAAACACAACAUCACUCAAAAAUGUUCCCUUCUUCCUCCCUUCCUCGCUGGUUUGAACGCAAUCACAGCACCUCAAUUCCCAUCAAUGACGAUGCCAUCUCAGAUUCAAUUUCUCCUCUUUCUCUUUCCCAUGCCGACACACCUCCAAACGCUCCUUGUCAGAAACCUAAACUAGGCUCAAAGGUUAAGGCAGGAAAUCGUGCAUAUGAAACUAAAUAUAGCAAACAACAAAUGGUUUAUCGAGCUAUUGAUGAGAAAAUCGAUUUGGUUAGGUUCUUGCAGGCGUAUGAGGCUGUGCUUGCUGCUUUUGGGGUGGAGAGUGAGGAAAAUGAGGAAAGGGGAAGAAAAAAGUUGGAGGUAGCAGAAAGGAUCGUUUAUAGGUUGUUUUGUAAGUGUUUUGGGAUAGGAUUUCUCCUGGAAAUUUCUCCAGAAUGGGACGAGAGUAUGAUUGCUAAUUUGAUGAGUUUGAUAGGGAAUGAUAAGAGCUGUGCAAGAGGAUCGGGAAGUAAAAGUGUGCCUUUAGCUCGAGCCAAAGCGGGUAAUCCGCUGCCAACUGAGGGCACCUCGCGAGCAAUGAGAGUUACGACUUCUGAGACGGAUGCUAUAAGUGCGAUUGUGGAUGAAGGUCUUCUUCGUAUUCCUGCAGAACCCGCCGUCGACAAUAUUCUCGAAAAAGAUGAGUUAAUUUCAACAGUUACGGAGGUGAAAGAAUCGAAUGAGGUUGAUGAAUUAAUGACCGAAAAUCUUACAAAUUCUAUGGUUGAGGAAGGUGUUUGUGUCGCUGCAGAAUUGGACAUCAAUUUAAAUAUCAGGAAAAAUGAGAUCAUCUCUACAGUCACAGAAGUGGUUGGACUCCCGCUUGAUAUUAAUACAUCGCUGGUAGAAACGGCUACAAGUGGAAGUUUGAAUGGAGGUCCUUUUUUUACCACAGGUGUUGUAGCCAACGUCAUUGAUGAGAAGGAUCGAAUAUUCUCUACCGUUUUGAAUGCGGCAGAGGUGCCGAGAAGGUUUCAUCUAGCGAUAAGAUCUAAGUCUAGCAGUGAAGCUACCAAUGGAGAUUCUUCUAUUGAUGCCCCGGUCGAGUCAGAAGUAAGUACUGCUACAGAGACCCUGUACGAAGAGAUUAUGAAAAAUCCAAAGAUCUUGAUGCUCGGACGAUGGGGACGCCACAGGUAUAAUGAAUGGGUACAGGAAAAUGACAAGGCAAAAGAAGCCCAAGAGGAAGAUAUUAAAAAGGAAAUCUUUCGUCAAAUAGAACUAAAACACAAGCUAUUGCCUCUCGAAUGGGGAAGACUACCAUAUACCUAUUCCAUAGCAUCAUCGGCUCGAAAUCAUGGCGAUUCUUGUACUACGAUGCUCUGGGGGGUUAAUCCCGUUCAAAGAACAGAAGAACUUCUCAAUGUUAGAUUUCAAUGGUCAUCUGAAGAAGGAAUUCUCACAGAUAUCACAGCAGAACCAAUCGAUAUUGAUGAAUUUGCUGUAGACAAAGCCAAAGGUCAUAAGAUACUUAAGAAUGCAUUUGCAUUUCUUGGAUUCUGGGAUUGGGCAGUUCGACAAGAUAUGUGUUCUUCCAAUCGAAAAGUUAAGCCCAUGCACCAGCUUUGUUUACAAUGGAUUGAUCCAAAUAAUAUUCUUCGCAGAGCGUAUUUGCAGAAAACUGAGAAAAGACCGGAUUCGAAUUCUUCGGAAAGGGUUAAGAGGGAGCGUGAAGUUAGCAUGGGGAGGAAUUGUGGGAGCUGGAGAGAGAAACGCACGGUUAGUGGUGCGAGUUAUGUUGGAGGAAAGAGACGUAGUGGAAGUGGUGGUUGGAGUAGAGGAAAGAAAAGAACGGCUAGUGGUAAUAGCUGUAAGGAGGGAAAGGAAAGAAAUGUUGGAAAAGAGGAUAAUUUGAGUAAGGGACUGAGAAAGGUUAAACGGAGAACUGCAACUGAGAUGAUGGAUGCUUAGGAAUGAUAAAGUGGUGUAGGAAAAUAGGUUUAGAUAUGAUAUGGUAUUCUGGAGGAGGUUCGGUUGGAAGAAAUUUGCCUUAUGGAAUUGUUAGACGGUCGUUAUAGGUAUAGUUAUGGUUAUGGCUAUGGUAGUAUGGGUUUGA